GCGCCGGCCCGCCGCCAUGGCUCGCUUCUCGGCGUUCCUCAACCCCGUCCUGGUGCUCUUCAGCUGCGACCUCUGCUUCGUGCGAGCCAACAGGCCACCGUCCCCUGUCAACGUGACUGUGACGCAGCUGAAGGCAAACUCUGCCACAGUCUCCUGGGACGUCCCAGAAGGAGACGUGGUCAUCGGCUAUGCCAUCUUACAGCAGCGGCAAGAUGGACAGAUGCAGCGCUUCAUCCGGGAGGUGAACACCACCAACCGGGCCUGCGUGCUGUGGGACUUGGCGGAGGAUGCUGAUUACAUCAUCCAGGUGCAGAGCAUCGGCCUGUACGGAGAAAGCCAGGCCAGUAAGCGUGUCCACUUCCGGACCCUGAAGGAGACCGACCGCCUCCCUUCCAACAGCUCCAACCAAGGUGACAUCACCAUGGAAGGGCUGGACAAAGACAGGCAGCUGCAGACAGGCGAGAUUAUCAUCAUCGUGGCUGUGCUGCUCAUGUGGGCAGCUGUGAUCGCCCUCUUCUGCAGACAGUAUGACAUCAUCAAGGACAACGACUCCAACAACAACAAGGAAAAGACAAAGCCUUCCUCGGAGCACAGCACACCAGAGCGACCGAGCGGAGGGCUGCUGCGGAGCAAGUGGAUGUCAGGAGCAGAAACUUCCUGUUUGGACUUCAAGGCCUCAGUUCUCCUCCUCCAGAUUUUCCAGCUUCCUGAUUACUCCUUGCCAAAAAGAUCCCUCCUCUUGGAUCCCUGCUCCAAACUGACCCUGCUCAUAUAGGGCUGCAAAGGCAGGUGCAAAGGCCUGUUCCUGCUUCUUGCGAAGUUCACCUUUACCGGGCUGAUGCACCUCAGUUUGUCUUUUUGCAUUCACCAUACUCUUGGCAUCCUUGCAGGUGACAACACUGCAAGUUUAUUCUUGCAGUCCUUAAUUACAAAGCUGAGAACAAGGUAUAGGAAAGGAAAAGCUCUGCAUUUGCUUCCCUUCCUGGCUUCAGGGCCAAGCGGCU